AAAGUCAAAGAUUGGGGUCAAGCAGCCUGUAUUGAGCUUUUCGACUUCGUGUGCUCUUUCAUCUCAUCAUUCCUAUAAAACACAAUUUGUCGAAUCCGACGUUCCAAAUAGCUGUUGCGAUGGGAUCUAAGUCAUAGACAAGCUCCACUGUUAUACAACCGUCGCCUUUGCUCUAUAUUGCGGGAGAUAGCUAUUAGGUUUUUCUCAAAAGACCUGCUUGAGGAUAUUUAGGCGUUCUACAAAACAAUAUGGCGUCUAGGCGCCAAGUUCAUUAUUCUCCACUUCCUGUUGACGAAACUGAUGAUGAUUAUCAUGACCCUCGGUUUGAGUAUAGACCUGGAGCCUUUGAUAAAGUCCCUUGGAAAUCCAUAACCCUUGCACUUUUUCUGCUCUUUCUUGGAUCGUUACUUCUUUUUCUUUCAUUCUUCAUCUUAACUGGCCACAUGGGUGGAGAGAAAUCCCAAGGCUAUGGUCUCUUGGCCCUUGGAAUCCUUGCCUUCCUUCCAGGCUUUUAUGAAACUCGGAUAGCAUAUUAUUCAUGGAGGGGGGCUAAAGGAUAUCGCUUUGCUUCAAUUCCAAGUUAUUAAGGAACGGAUUCUCGCUUGUAGGCUGUCUAAUUACCUCCGUGAAUCCCCCAAAGAGUAGAUGUGUUCAUGGGUUAGAUUAUCUUUAGCUCUCUCUAUCCACCUUCUAGUUUUGGCUAAUGUUUCAUUUAUUUAUUUGAUUAAUUUGUAAUUUGUAAUUAGAAUUAGGAUUAAAUAAUUGUAGUCCAUCACAAAUAAAUUAGUUGGGAUUGUAUCUAGUGGUAAGAGUUUGUUUUGUUUGUAACUUGGUUAUAUUUGAAUUCCAAUGGGAUGAAAAUAAUAAUAAUAAUAAUAAGGUGUGCCUUAAUUUCCUUC